GAUUCGUUGAUCCGUAUUUCCGCACUGUUCGUAAACAAAUGCGGUAAAUUUAAAAUUUAUAGCGAUUACUCCGCAGCCUAUUUGCGCUUUCAGCAGAAUAAAAAAGAACGAGUGGCUAUCGAAACUCGUUUGGAGAAGCUUAAUAUUAGCGGAGAGCAAAGUGAAAGCGCCCAAUCGCUGCUUAUUAAGCCAAUACAACGAGUUUUGAAAUAUCCCUUGUUUCUGCAACAAAUUCGUGAUAACUGCGCAAAAGUUUUGUUACAUUUUUUGCGUUUCAUCCAGAAACUAUAUGCAUCAGGCUCUGUGGAGAGGCAACAAAGCGAGCAGGCGCUUACACGGAUGCAAGCAUUAGCUGAAUAUGUCAAUGAAAUGCAACGACUGACCGAGCAGUACGGGCCAGCUAUUGAAGAAAUUUCAUCAAAAAAUAGCGCGGUCUGA